AUGGCUGCCACGACAGCACUAGAGAGAGCCAGUCCUGCCAACAGUGUGAAUAACAACAAUACCAGCAGUGGUGUUACACUGAAGAAAUCCUUCUGUAUCGAAGCCCUGUUAGCUCGAGGUGAGGAGCACGAAGACGCCCCUAUCAGUAGAAGCGUAUCGCCUCGGACUCCGUCCCCCCAGUCACCCGGAACGUCCGUUCACAGCGUCAGUCCGCCAAUCUCGCCCGGCUCGGAAGAUGUCGCCCUGUCAGUGGACACGUACUCCGGAGUGCUAGGUUCGAGCCCACACUUGAUUCCAAGACCUGGACUGCUCUCCAAUUCCACCACCCAGUCAUCGGCAGUUGCUGCGGCGUUCUUCGCUGCCAAUCAUCAGAAUCACCUCAAUCACCACGCUGUAUACGGUUACCCUAACCAUCAUCACCACCAACUUCUAACGGGAGGGUCGGCAUUCCACCCGUUGGAGGCGGCAGGGGGUGGUGCUAAAGGAGGCGGUGGUGGGCCAGGCCCCGUGGGGAACCAACAACACCUCCAGCACAUGCAGCUGGAGUGGCUGGCCAGGACUGGAAUGUUCUACCCGCGGCUACCGGAUCUCGCAGGUUGUGGCCCUCAGCACGCCCUCCUCGGCAAGACACGGCGUCCUCGCACGGCCUUCACGAGUCAGCAGCUGCUGGAGCUAGAAAAGCAAUUCAGACAGAACAAGUAUCUGUCCAGACCCAAGCGCUUCGAAGUCGCUACCAGCCUCAUGCUCACGGAGACACAGGUCAAGAUCUGGUUCCAGAAUCGCAGGAUGAAGUGGAAGCGCAGUAAGAAGGCACAGCAGGAAGCCAAAGCAAAAGAUGAGGCUGAGAAACGCAAAUCCACAUCUGGCGCCAGCAGUGGGAGCGCGCCGAUGGAGAGCAAAGUGAAGGAGCCACUGCACGGUAGCGAGUCUGCAGGCCAGCAGACAGCCUCCAGCAGGAGCGGGAGUCCUGCCACCGUGGACAGUCACACCACCAGCUCUGUGACCGCGGCCACCAAUCUCGUGCUGGAGCAGAACUUCCAGCCACAAGGUACCGCCACCAGAGUGCACCAUCUGCACCACCACCACCUGCAGAACCAUCACCGGCGACUCAGUCUGCAAGAUGGCGGCGAGGCUCUUUAUAGGCCCUACGUUGUGUGAACAGAAGACUGACACUUUCAUAAAGGCUGAUUGAAUACACUCGAUAAGAGCAACUGAACUUGUAGCAACGCUGCUUGGUGAACACACGUGAUGUUCUUCCAGACCUUGUUCCGAAAGCAGUGAAGGUCAAUUUUUAAGUAUAAAUAAACGUGAACUUCUGGUGGGCACUUUCAGAAUGGUGGGUACAUUAGUAUGCGUGGUCAGUGCAUAGGCUAUUCCCCUGGUCUUCACGUGUCAAAGAAAAAGGGCUCACCUUGAAAUAAACUCUAGAUAUAUAAAUUUACUGAUGUCCAGAAGAAAUGAAGCACUCUUCCCUUGAGAUAUUUUAGGGUACGCUGUAUUGCCUACGUCGAUAAUUAUUCCAGUAUGUCGAAAUGACGGGUGGGACACCCCUUAUAAGAAUUCCGAUAUGCCUACUGUAGAGGCCAUAACUAAUGCAUCUGUGAGACACAAAGGCUUGUUUACAAAGAGGUAUGAAUUUAUGUACUUCUGUUUUGAAAACGUUACUAGACAAAUUCUGAAGCUGAAAGCUAAAA